GAGGAGAUAAGAUUAUAACUCUCUAAACCAUAGUUUGUGUUAGAAGUUAAUGAUUUUUCUACCAAGUACCAGCUCAGAUUUGCUUAAGGAGAGAAUACUCUGACUUUUGAGCACUUGUCUGGUAGUGUAACUGCUGUUGUUGUGGAUACGGAACCUAGAUCACUCAGUAAAGAAAUCAACCAUGACAGUGGAAACUGAAUCCAGCAAUGUGGACGACUCAAAUCAGGAAGAAGAACCUGCCCAGCUUUUGGAUGAUGAAGCAAACAAAAACCUACCAGUCAAAGAGAAGACUUCCUGUUGCACUGGCUUGAAGGCAUUUCUCGCUGCUUUAUCACUCAGCUACUUGAGUAAAGCGUUGUCUGGUACCAUUAUGAAAAGCUCCAUCACUCAGAUUGAACGAAGGUUUGACUUGCCAUCAUCUACUGUUGGUUUCAUCGAUGGGAGCUUUGAGAUGGGUAACUUGCUGGUGAUUGCAUUUGUAAGCUACUUUGGAGCUAAACUUCAUAGGCCCAGAGUAAUAGCUAUUGGAUGCUUUACUAUGGCUUUGGGAAGUUUUUUAACAGCAAUGCCUCAUUUCUUCAUGGGAUAUUAUAAGUAUGAGUCAGCAUCACGAACAGUUUCAUCAGCCAACUUAACUUCAAGCAUAAAUCCCUGUUCCCAACAUCAAGAUGUGAACAAAACCUUGGUGGAAGUCUCCCUGUCAGGGUGUGAGAAGGAACCAUCAUCACAUAUGUGGAUAUAUAUCUUACUGGGAAACAUGUUACGUGGAAUUGGUGAGACACCAAUAACACCUUUGGGCAUCUCUUACCUUGAUGAUUUUGCUAAAGAAGAGGAUGUUCCUGUGUAUGUAGCAUGUUUGCACACAAUAGCCAUGUUGGGCCCAAUGUUUGGUUUCCUGUUGGGAUCUUUAUGUGCAAAACUGUACGUGGAUGUUGGAUUUGUGGAUUUAGGAAGCAUCACUAUCACCCCACAAGAUUCCCGCUGGGUGGGUGCGUGGUGGCUUGGUUUUUUAAUAGCUGGAGUAGCCAGUUUCCUAGCUGCUAUUCCAUUUUGCUUCCUGCCAAAGAGACUGAAAAAGCCAGAUAACGACAAAACUUCGGACGGUCUCUUGGAAAAGACAGAUGCCACAAGGACAAAACUUACUCCCGCAGAACCUAAGCCAAGGAAGGGGCCAGUGAUACUGAAAGAUUUCUAUACCUCCCUGAAAAAAGUACUGAGUAAUCGAAUGUACAUUACAUUUUUGUGUUGCUCACUGUUACAGUUCAGUAGCUUUAUUGGUUUCAUGACCUACAAACCAAAGUACUUGGAACAGCAGUAUGGACAAUCUGUAUCUAAAUCUAACUUUUUAAUAG